GAAGUUCCUCAUUCUAGUUUCCAGUCUUUGUCGUGCUGUUCACGCUGUGCGAACCGCUAGUUUGACAACUAAUUCGAAACAGACGGACUUGAAAUUGGAGAGAGAAAAAAAACAAACUAAAUAAAUAAACUGGAAUAUAUUGUAGGCUACAUGACUUAAGACAACAUGGGCUGUCUGGAGACAAAACUGUGCGAUAAUUUUGAGGUGGAAAACAAGCCAGGUCAGCAGACUACUGCACCUACCAAUGACCUCUAUGUCAGAGACCCCACUUCCACUAUACAAAAACAUGCAGACGCCUCACUGUUGCCUGGUCAGAUGUUUCAGAAGAUGGAAGAGCAAAAUGGGAAAAUUGUGGUUGGCCUUUACCCCUAUGUAGGAAAACACCCAGAUGACUUACAAUUCAAAAAAGGCGAAAAGUUGGUCAUCCUGGAAGAACAUGGAGAGUGGUGGAAGGCAAAAUCUUUGGAAACCAAAGAAGAAGGAUUUAUUCCCUCUAAUUAUGUGGCACAAGUUGACACAAUGGAAACAGAAGAGUGGUUUUUCAAAGCCAUCACUAGAAAAGAUGCAGAGAGGCAGCUGCUGGCUCCAGCUAACAAACCCGGGGCCUUUCUCAUCAGGGAUAGUGAGACUUCACAAGGUUACUCAUUGUCCUUACGAGACUCAGGCCCAAAAGGCUUGGAUGUUGUCAAACAUUACAAGAUCAGGAAACUGGACAACGGUGGUUUCUACAUCUCUCCAAAGAGUUCCUUCCCAGACAUUGGCCAAAUGAUAAAACACUAUCAGCACAAAGCUGAUGGACUAUGUCGUAAACUGGGGAGUCCGUGUGCUAAACCUAAAGCUCAGAAACCCUGGGAUAAGGAUGCGUGGGAAAUCUCUAAAGAGUCCAUUAAGAUGGUGAAGAAGCUCGGAGCUGGGCAGUUUGGAGAAGUUUGGAUGGCUUUCUAUAAUAAUACAACCAAAGUGGCAGUGAAGACACUCAAGCCGGGUACAAUGACAGUACAAGCCUUUUUGGACGAGGCCAAUGUGAUGAAGACCCUUCAGCAUGACCGCCUGGUCCGACUCUAUGCCGUGGUCACCAAAACACAGCCUAUCUAUAUCAUCACAGAGUUCAUGGCAAAUGGCAGUUUACUGGACUUUUUAAAAACGGAUACAGGGUGCAAAAUACAGUUACCGAAGCUCAUAGACUUUUCAGCACAGAUAGCAGAGGGCAUGGCUUACAUAGAAAAGAAGCAUUAUAUCCACAGAGACCUGCGAGCGGCUAAUGUCUUGGUAUCAGAAAGUCUAUUGUGUAAAAUAGCAGAUUUUGGAUUGGCGCGAGUGAUAGAAGAUGACGAAUAUUCACCUAAAGAAGGGGCCAAAUUCCCCAUAAAGUGGACAGCACCAGAGGCCAUUCACUACGGGUCAUUCACCAUUAAGUCGGACAUGUGGUCCUUUGGGGUUCUGCUCUAUGAGAUUAUCACUUAUGGAAAAAUGCCCUAUCCAGGAAUGACUAAAGUGGAGGUGAUGUCAAGUAUUCAGCGUGGAUACCGGAUGCCCCAGCCACAAAACUGUCCCUCUGAAUUCUACAAUAUCAUGCUGUCUUGCUGGAGAGACAAACCACAGGAGAGGCCCACCUUUGACUACUUACAGAGCGUCCUUGAUGACUUUUAUACCUCUACAGAAGCACAGUACCAGGAACAGACCUAAUCAUAGACAAUUCACUUUUACUGGCUUGUUAGUAUUUUUGUACAGAAUGUUUUAUAUUGCUGAAUGUUGUGAAUGUGUUUAGUAUGUGUGGCCGGGUAUUUAUCAGAUAAUAGCCAUGUGAUAUUAUUUAUCAAUAUUAGAUCCAUAUUACAGAAGUUGAGUUUAGAGUUUAGGAUAAGGUUAGUCAGUAGUGACUAUAUUUGAGGCUAAGGUUGCCAGUCUCUAGGAAAUUAAUGUAAGCCAAUGUUAUGUUUCUAAAAAAUAAUGCGCAGAUUGUUAAAAAAAGGCUAUAGACUGAGAGAAAUAUAAAACAUGAUAUUAACAUGAAAAGCAGCUCAAGAGUUCCUGGUAAAAAUGAUGACUCAAAGUCCCAAAUGGAUUAACAGCAUGUUAGUUCACAUAGGGACAUGGAAUUAAUUCAAAUAGGUUGUCCUCUGUAGGCGAUACAAAGAAUGACACCCACAGGACUUCAAAUUAACCUCAAAUGUAAUUGUAGCAUGUAUAACAGAUAAAAUUCAUGAGGAUUGAGUGGACUGAGCAGAGCAGUAAGAGCAGAGCAAUAUUUCAAAAUAAACACAUGUGAUAUCACGAUCAUCACUCAAAAAAUGUAAAUAACUGUAAUAAUAAUAAAAAUAUAUCCUAAA